ACCAAAUUAACCACCAAAUUAACCACCAUGCCAAAAGCCACGCGUCGAACGUCGAGAAGACAGGUUGAAGAGCUUGCUAGGAGGCUCCGGAAGAUGCCAAAGUACAAGACGAAGCUAUAUUUGGAGAAGGAGGCUCGAAUGCAGGAGGCCCUGAAGGCAUACCACGACCCAUCCGAAACCGAAAUUACUAGCUUGUGGAUCGCAGCAGGCGUAUUUGACGUCUCUUAUACGACUUUAUAUGGAAGGGAACAGGGAGCAAAGCCUCUUUCGGAGAAUGGAGGGCAUAAUACGCGCCUAAAUGAGGCCCAGGAGAUGAGCCUAAUAUGGUAUAUGGAUAUAGCCAUUGAGAGGGGUUUCCCGCUUCGGUAUAAUAUGGUUACUCGGGCUGCCACGCAAAUUCUAGAGGCUAUAGGCCUAAUUAAUGGAGAUAAUGAUCGCCUGGGGAAUAAUUAGGCUCUUCGUUGGGUAGAAAAGCAAAGGAAGCUUGGGAGAUACCAUACUAUAUGUAUAAAGCCUAUGGAUUAUCGACGGAAGAAGGCACUUAUUCCAGAACUAGUCUUGGAGACGUUCGCACGGCUCCAGGCUGUUUUGGAUAAGUACGAAAUACAAAUAUUUGAUAUGUAUAACGUUGAUGAGAUUGGUUUUCGUAUUGGGUGCAUUGCUAGUUCGACAGUAAUUAUACAUAAGAAUAUUCGAGAGGUUUAUGUCAAAGAUCUAGCCAAACGAGAGUCGAUUAUAGUAAUGGAGUGCAUUUUAG